AUGGACGAGGACAAAGCCCGGCCAAGCCGGUCCGGACGGACCUUUCCGCUAUCCAUUGUCGAGAAAUGCUACCCUCGCGCCUGGGACCGCCGGCUGCAUUCCUUGCACCCCGUCCUCCGGGCCACCCGCCCCAAGCUCAUCAAGGCGGGCAUAGUCAACUCGAUCCUCAUUCAACUGCUACUCUUCGCCCUCUUCUGCCACCUCUUCGGCGCGCUGUACCAGCAGACGCAGCACACCCGCUCCCGAGGCGUGCCGUGGGUAGUCCACGACGGCGGCGUCAUCCGGCCACUUGCAAGCAGUCGGUGCCGCCUACGCGCCGUUGGAAUCCGAAAACUCCCCCGCGUUGCUUGCCCGGCCCGUCUCGAAAUACACGUCGGCGGACUCCCUCCACGAGGCCGAUCCCCCGUCCACCUAGGCCUCGCCGUCGCCGGAGUAAACACGUCGCAGUACAACCGGUCAGACGUGCUCUUGUACAUCUGGAACGAGGCCAGAUACCCGGCCGUCAUGGACAGCUCCGUAUCCAGCAGCACGGUGGCUCUAUCCAGCGCAGCCCGCAUGUCCUACGUAGCCCUCAACGGCACGGGCACGCUGUCAACGAUGCCGCCCAACGACCCAGCCGCCCUCUCCGCGUUUGCGAAUCCGUGGACCGUGACGUCGGCCAACAUGCAGGCCACGACCCACGGGACCCGCGUCGUGUACAACACGGACGCCAUUGUCCUCAUUCUCCUGCAGAUUGGGAGGAGGAGGAGCAGGCUGUCGAGGAUACUCAAAGAUUGGAAACGCAAGCAACGAGGAUAUAUUCCAACAUGGGACCGUCUUUUUCGGUGGUCGGUUGUUAUGAGGGAAAGGGUCAAGGUUGAGGUUUGGGUUUCUGAGAAGUGCGACGGCGGUAGUCUAGUUCUGAUAGGUUGCCUCGCUUUGUGCCGGUUGAGAUGA